AUGUCUGUAUCUCAUCGAAACACAGAGACGACAGGUUUAGCACAUACCUUACUGGCAUUCUCUUCUCGCUCUGUACGAAACACAAUUAUCUCUCUUUCUCCUUCCACAUCCGGCCUUAACUCUCCAACCCCUCUCUACGUUGUCGAGACCCCGAAGAAAUCCGGUGAUCCACCUAACACGAUAUACAGGAUCAGCAGUAACGGGCAGAAGGAACACGUUGCUACCUUGAUAUGGAGAACGUUUCGAAAAGACCUGAUUGUCAUUGGUGGAGAGAUAAAAGAAUUGAGGCAAGUCUUGCCAAGGAACGGAUUCUCUUUCAAAUAUACGAUGCCUACGCUGACGGGCGAUUGGGCGUGGGACACGCCAUUCGAUAGUCCCGAGGGAAAUCCGUAG